AUGAUACUCUGCUUGGACUAUAAGCAGCUUCAGUUGUCUUCACCGUGGCAGAGGCGGAGCCGGCAAGGCCGAGGAAGAAGUGGUGGUACUGUUGGUGGUGGUGGUGGCGGCAUUGAACAUCAUCUACUCAGCUUCAGAACAAAAAUCAAAAUGCCUAACAAGAAUUUCUUGAACAAUCCACAAACUUAUUCUCUGGAUGGUAUUAUUAGUUCAAAAGAAGGGCAGAGUCAAAGCUGUUACCUGACCAAAGCAACCAUAGACCGUGGUGUAUGGACAGAUAUCAAUCCCUUGAACCAAAAGCUACCUAUGUUUGUUAUGCAACUCGUUAUUGUCACAUCCGUCACCCGCCUCCUCCUCGUGAUUGCAAAACCUCUCCGUCAGCCUCCUUUCGUGGCUGAGUUUUUGGCUGGUUUAUUGAUCGGGCCAUCUCUAACUUCUCAUAUUAGUGGUUUGCAAAAAUUCAUUUCGGAUACUAUAUUUGCUACCCCUCGGCUGAUGAUGAUGGAGACAGUUGCAAGUUUAGGCCUCAAUUACCACGUCUUCUUUCUUGGAUUAGAGAUGGACAUAACUGCAGUAACCAGAGUUGGACGCAAAGCUCUCAGCAUUGGCAUAUCAGGAUCUCUCUUCUCCUUCAUUGUUGGUGCUGCAUUCUACAUUUUUGGCGUCCCACAAUACCUUCAGAACUAUAAAAUGGGAUUCCUUUAUUGGGGUGUUGUUCUCUCGGUCACAGGCAUACAACCUGUUGGUGAUUUACUUGUAAAGCACAAACUCCUCCAGUCAGAAUUUGGAAGGGUAGCCAUGUCCUCAGCACUUGUGAAUGGUGUAAUUUCCUGGCUACUUCUCCUCAUCAGCUCUGCAAUAACUUGUAGUAAACAAUUGUUCUUCGUGUCACUGUUGAUGGCAGUUUUGUUAGCAGUCUUCUUUUGUUUCGUGGUCCGUCCAGCCAUUUUAUGGGUGAUUAAAGAAACUCAAGAAGGAGAAGAGUUCAGUGAGUCUACUGUCUGUGUUAUUCUCACAACGGUUUUGUUCUGUGGCUUAUUAACCGAUGUGUGUGGCCUUAGCUCCUUUUAUGGUGCAUUUAUGUUUGGACUAAUCAUUCCAAAAGAUGUUCUUGGGGACAGAUUCUUAACUGUGCUUCAGGGUUUUGUCUCAGACCUAUUACUACCGCUUUUCUAUUGCAGUGUUGGAAUGAGAACUCAUCUUGAUAGCUCGACCAUCCAUGAUAAAAACGAUUGGACGUUGAUGUUGCAAGUGACUUUUCUCUCUUUUCUACCCAAGCUUAUUACCACUUUGGCUGUUUGCUACUUCUACAAGAUCCCCUUCAGAGAAGGAAUAGCGCUUGGUGUCCUUAUGAACGCCAAAGGGAUUCUUGCACCAAUGGCAUUGAAUUGGGGAUACGACCAUUUAGCUCUGAACCGACAGGCAUAUACCAUGAUGAUUUUGCCCAUUGCUCUGAUGACUGUUGUAGCAUCACCAAUACUGGGAUAUCUCUACAAACCAACAAAGCAUUUCUUACCAAGCAAGCACAGGACUCUUCAGAAAUUGAGGCCAGAUGCAGAGCUACGACUCCUAGCAUGCAUUCAUGAAUUACAGACUGUUCCAGGGAUCAUAACACUCCUUGAAGUUUCUAAUGCAACAAAAAGAUCUCCGAUUGUCUUGUUUGCCCUCCAACUGAUUCGAUUAGCCAAACACACCACAGCUUUGCUAAUUGAGCAUGGUCCUGGAGGUUUUGGCUCUCAAAGUAGCCGCAGCUUCGAUGGACAAACGGACCAAGUGAUUGCGGCCUUCGAGAAGUUAGAGGAAGCAAAUAACAUGUUCUCAGUUCAACCACUAACUGCCAUGUCUGAUUAUGGGUCGAUGCAUGAAGAUGUCUGCAGCAUUGCAGAAGACAAACGAGCCACCCUCAUACUUUUACCCUUUCACAAGCGUCAAACGAUCCACAACCAAAUGGAGGAUAUGAACCCUGCCUACAAAGACAUGAACGAUAAUAUACUAGCAAAUGCACCAUGUUCAGUUGGCAUUCUUGUCGAUCGUGGCAUUGGGAUCUCGUUCAGAAAAGAGGACGACAAUGAUGAUGGGACAAUUCGUAUUUGUAUGAUAUACAUUGGAGGAGAUGAUGACAGAGAGGCUCUGACCUACGCCUGGCGAAUGGCAGGGCAUCCGAGGGCAACACUAACAGUAAUUCAAUUUUCAGCCAGUGAAAGUGCAGCCAGCAAUAUAGAACCUCAUGAUUUUGCACAAGAUGGUGGUAAGGUUGCCUCAGCAACAGUGGAUAUUGCAACAGAAAAGCAGCUAGAUGCUGAUUUCAUUUCUGAUUUUAGGCAAAAAUCAGUAGAGAAAGAGAAGGUUACAUAUUUAGAAAAGGAAUCAAACAAUGGGGCAGAAACUGUUUCAAUCAUAAAAUCUUUGGCUGAAAGCUAUGAUUUAUUUGUGGUAGGAAGAGGACUUGGAAUGUCAUCCCCUCUAAAGUCAGGAUUAGAUGACUGGAGUGACUUCCCAGAAUUGGGAUCAAUUGGGGAUCUUCUCAUAUCAUCAGAUUUCCCGUCAACAACUUCUGUGUUGGUAGUGCAACAACAUGUUGAAAAGAAUCCCAAGAAAGGUCGCCAGUCCUCAUCAAUCACAAGUCGUGGGCAUAAAAGAUAG